GAGUUUUGCUCUUGUUGCCCAGGCUGGAGUGCAAUCGCACCAUCUCGGCUCACUGCAACCUCUGCCUCCCAGGUUCAAGCAAUUCUCCUGCCUCAGCCUCCCGAGUCUGGCUGAGAUUACAGGUGCGCACCACCACACCUAGCUCAUUUUUGUAUUUUUACUAGAGAUGGGGUUUCACCAUGCUGGCCAGGCCGGUCUUGAACUCCUGAUCUCAGCUGAUCUAUCCACCUCAGCCUCCCAAAGUGCUGGGAUUACAAGCGUGAGCCACCGUGCCCAGCCCUGGAUCUUUUUUACUUCUCUGCUAAAGUUUUUUCACUAUAUGGAGGAUGUUAUGUAAAAACUGAUAAUAAUGGCCUUGUCUGCUAAUUCUAACAUCUGUCUUAGUUCUGGAACAAUUUCCAUUGAUUCUUUUUUUUUUUUUUUUUUUCCAUUACAGGCCAUAUUCUCCUGCUUCUUUAAAUGCCUGGCAGUCUUUGACUGGAUGACACAUAAUGUGACUUUUACCUUACUGGUGCUUGAUAUUACUGCAUUCCUGUGAAUAUUCUUCAGCUUUUUUUCUGGGAUGCAAUUAAAUUACUUGGAAGCAGUUUGAUCCUUUCAGGUCUUGCCUUUACGAUUUCUUAGGUGGGAGCCGGGAAACAUUCAGGGCAGGGAUAAUUAUUCCUCGUGACGGAGGAAGACCUUUCUGAGUACUCCAUCCAAUGUCUCGUGAUUUUGAGUUUGGAAAAGUUGAGGAAAGCAAGCACUAUUUCCAGUCCCGUGUGAGCACUGAGUAAUCUUUCUGGCUGUUUUUCACUCCAGCCUCUAGGAAAUGUACUGACAGUACUCUCCUGACCACUCAGGGAAGACCCUCUGCAGACCGCUGGAGUUCCUUCUGCUAUUCUGUUCUUUCUAAUCCUCUGGCUGCCCCUGUCUCUGGCUUUUCAGCUAGACAGAAUCUCUUAACCUCCCAGGCCUCGCUGGGCAACCCACACACAGACACAGGUGGAAAGGUCAGUUCUGCAGAUCUCCAACUGCAAACAUCAAGACAUCUCCGUACACAUGCUGAGGGUCUGGAAAGAGCACACAUCUCAGAGCCUGCAUGAACAGAGUCACCUUCCUGAAAGACAGCAGCCUCAGUGACCUCACUUCUGAUGCCUGGUUGCUGGAGUCAGUGGAAGCAACAGCAGACACGCUGCCCACAUGAACAUGUGGUUUCCAAGCCCAACAGAACUUGCAGCCUCAGUUCCAGCCAGGUCCAGAUGUUAAACCUUCCCACAGUCGGAAUGAAGUUGGCCUGACUCGGACAGUGCUGUGUCAGGGAUCCUUGGUGCCUUCACUUAAUCCUGCGUCCAGUAUGCCUACUGUGUGCAGCCCCACAGGAGCGCAGCUCCAGCUGCCUCAGGUGACAGGGAAGAUGCCAAACAGUUCCACAAAUCAGUGUCUAAUGACAAGCAGAUUGUCACGAGAAGAAAAGUGGGUUCUCUGAGAGCCCUUAACUGUAUAAGCUGACAUGGGCUUGGGUCAGCGAAAGAAUGUGAGAACUGAGACUUGGAGCUCAGUGUGGAGUAGGGCUGUCCAGGCAGAGGGGCAGUGCGGGCACCAGCUGUGUUUCCAGAGGCUCCUGUGGCUUAGCCUACGGGGCCGCUAUAGGAGAGGCAGGAUGUUUGUGGUCCUGAGCCUGUCCUGGUGGGGUCUUGUCUCAUCUGGAAGACAAAGUCCCAAGCGGACAUUUUAACUGAGGGACUGCCAUGCACACUCCCACAGAGGUGGGGUGGGGGCGACUCUGAAAUGUUAGUGUCAUAGUCUGGGAUUUUUGUUUUCUCCAUUAAUGGACCCCUGACACCAGGAAUGGGCAUGACAUCAGCACUUCUCAGUCAAUACUGCUCCGUGGAGGAAUGGGAUGGGGGAAAUUGGGAGGGGUUAGGCAGGGAGAGGGCUGUGGGGUUUGGCCCUCGUUCUGCCACUAGGCUUGGCCCAGCCCCUUCCCUGCUUGGGCUUUUCUGAGGCAGUUUCACUCUUGUUGCCCACUCUGGAGUGCAGUGGUGCAAUCUCGGCUCACUGCAACAUCUGCCUCCCCGGUUCAAGCGAUUUUCCUGUCUCAGCCUCCCGAAUAGCUGGGAUUACAGGCGCCCACCACCACGCCCAGCUGAUUUUUUGUAUUUUUAGUAGAGACGGGGUUUCACCAUGUUGGCCAGGCGGGUCUCGAACUCCUGACCUCAGGUGAUCCACCCGCCUCCGCCCAAAGUGCUGGGAUUACAGGCCUCAGCCACCGCACCUGGCCACUGAGUCUUGGUUUUCUGAGGCUAGUUCUACAUCCUAGGAUCAUGUCCCCCGCCCAGAGAAGACUCCAACAUAGGCCGCGCUGCUCCUUCCGUCUACCGGCUUGGAGCUUCUCCUGGCAACAGGGUUCAGGCUGCUAACAAGGCCUUCCUCAAGACCCCACCCAUAACCAACGACCAUACUUCGUAGGUCCAUCUUUCCAUCAUCUUUACUUCCUUGGAGCAAAUUUCCAGGAAUGGGUUUUCGGGGUCCAAGGGUAUGCACCUCUAGCACUACGAUAAAAGCGGCCAAAACUGCUUCAGGGAAACGGUGCCCCAGUUUGCAUUCUGCUUCCCCUGCCCUGCCCUGGGGGUCUGACUGGUGAAACAUGGGAUGGCAGAGUGGUCGGGUGUUUCUGACUCCACGGUGGGCCGGGGUCUUUUCCUACCCUCGGGAACCGUCUGAAUUUCUCCUCUGCCGAGUUCCUGCGGGUGUCCUUCGCCCACUGGCCCGGGGGAGUGAGUAGCAGGCACCAGGUGAGCAGGCCUCUGUUCGCAGCGGCUACGUGCACGGGCAGGAGCACCGCCCCACGCCCCAGGUGGCCGCAGGGUGAGGGGACCAAGGGGCGGGAGGCGCACUAUGGGGGGCACGCCCGUAUCUCUAGCCCGGCCGGCAGCGGGCAGCGAGGCUCAGUACUCGCCCCUUCUCCCAGCUGCUAUUCGGGGAUCCCGAGGCGCUCACAGGGGUCGACUGCGUCCGUGGGGGCACAACCCAGGGACUAGGCUAAGACGCCACACAGGGCAACCACCCUCAACAACCACCACCCUCAACAACAACCAUCCCCGACGACGCCCCGCGCCCCAGGGCCACAGAGUAGAUCCGAGAACCUCCCCGCCGGAAGCGGAAGUGCGUCACGGCGUCGGCCGGCAAGAACGCACCGCGCAGACUCGCUGUGGGGACGUGACCCGGAAGCGCUCGCCGAGGCCCCUCCUUGCCCGCCGAUAUCUCUGCCGGGUGACUGGCCGCUUCCUUUCUCUCUCGCGCGCGGUGUGGUGGCAGCAGGCGCAGCCCAGCCUCGAAAUGCAGAACGACGCCGGCGAGUUCGUGGACCUGUACGUGCCGCGGAAAUGCUCCGCUAGCAAUCGCAUCAUCGGUGCCAAGGACCACGCAUCCAUCCAGAUGAACGUGGCCGAGGUUGACAAGGUCACAGGCAGGUUUAAUGGCCAGUUUAAAACUUACGCUAUCUGCGGGGCCAUUCGUAGGAUGGGUGAGUCAGAUGAUUCCAUUCUCCGAUUGGCCAAGGCCGACGGCAUCGUCUCAAAGAACUUUUGACUGGAGAGAAUCAUGGAUGUGGAAUAUUUGUCAUAAAUAAAUAAUGAAAACCUA